AUGGAAGGAAAGCAUCACGAUAUUUAUGCAGCAAUUGAUCCAAGUUCAUCAGCCUCUGGUUUGAAUAACUCAGCAAAGGGCAAGACAGUUAUCAUCACCGGCGCUGGUCGUGGUAUCGGUCGAUCCAUUUCGAUCAACUUUGCCAAAGCUGGAGCUAAAACAGUAGUGCUUGCAUCUCGGACAGCUGCACAACUUGCCGAAGUAGGAAAAGAAAUCAAAAUGGUUGCUCCAGAAUGUAACGUAAUUCAACAGAUUACAGAUGUGGGCAAUGUGGAAAGUGUGAAGAAAUUAAUUGAAAAAGCUGUGUCCGUAAGCGAUCCGGCAACUGCCUAUGUUCUUGUUAACAACGCUGGCAUUUCUGAGCCAAAUUUUAACAUUGCGGAUACUAAUCCGGAAUACUGGUGGAAUACAUGGGAAACCAAUUUAAAAGGUACCUAUCUUUUAACUAGAUUUCUUCUCACCCAUUUGUCAACAGAAUCACCUUCACCACACUAUAUCAUCAAUGUUUCAUCCGCCGCAUCAUAUUGGUUAGUACCAGGAUAUUCAGCUUAUCAACUUUCGAAAGCAGCGCUCAACCGUUUCACCGAAAUUAUAGACAUGGAAUAUUCCAAAUCACAUAAUCUAAAAACAUUUGCAGUUCAUCCAGGUUGUGUAUUGACAGAUAUGGUGAAAACUUCACCAUCAGAAACACAUGGAUUAUUCAAAGAUACACCGGAGCUAAUGGGUGGAUUCACUGUUUGGAUUUGUGGUGGUCAAGUUGAUUUUGCUAGUGGACGUUAUUUGGAGGCUAAUUGGGAUACUAAUGAUAUUUUAAAAAUGGAAAAACAAGUCCAAGAAAGUAACCUGUGGAAGACCUGUGUGUUCUUCUCAUAG